AUGUUCGAAGGCACCGCCAUUACCGAGGCUCUUACGGACCUCAUCGACCGCUUGUACGCGGAGGCGUUCGACCGGCUUCCCUCGGACGACUUGGGCACCGACAGACUCCUUACGGCCAUGCGCAGCGGCGGCGGCAUCUGCGUUGGCCUGCUGGACCCCGUUUCCAACAUCAUCCUCAACACCAUCUCCGUCCUCCCACCACGCGACAGCCGGCGGUACAACCUGAGGAAGACGCCCGAGCGGAAGAAGCGGCUGGCCGGCGCGGUGCAGCCGGACUACGUCUGGUCCGGUAUCGGCAGAUUAUCCUGCCAUUCUCUCGUCCGAUUCUUGGUGAGUUACUUCGGCUGCCUCACCGACGAGCAGGCCGCCCGCUACCUCCACUGGGCACGCGCCGAUCUUGCACUCGCCGUCCUGCUCGUCGAGCACGAUCUAUACGCUGCUGCUGGUGAGCCUCAACUACUGAACCCCGCAUCCGACAGGACGCAGGCCGCCCUCAAGCGUGCGGCAACCUGUGCACGGCACCAUGCGCCUGACGUCCUGGUGCGGCUCCACACGUCGCCCCUGCCUCAGAAUCAGCUCCUCGCCGCCGCCCCGUUUCUCAGCCCGGGUGGCCGGAACCUCACCCUCGACGAUGUCAACACCAUCAUUCAGUUGCUGCGCUACCAGGAAACUGCCUCCCUCGAUUUCCAGUUCAACUUGCUGCCACACGGAAAAGGAGUCGUUGUGUAUGGUCGGGACUUCAGCGCGGAUGAAGGAAAACUCACCUACACCACCAGCUCCGUGAAUAAUUUCGGCGUGUUCACCAUCAUGGUUGAGCGACACGGAGACCGCUUCGCAUCUCUGCGGGGCAAACAAUCUAGCAGUAUAUCAACCAUGUUGGAGAAUGCAUCUCAAGGUCGUACGAGUCUGAAGAGCUGCGGCGAUGCCUGCGAAUACACCAAGUCUCUCAGGAUGAGGCUCCACGGCAUGAUCCACGCCUUUUACCUCAAAGUGUUCACCAUGCUGCCCUCCGAUGUUCUACGCGGGCUCAUGCGCUACAUCCUGUUCGCUGGCCACUGCUACGGCCCCAUGGACCCGGUUUCCAACAUCAUUAUCAGCUCCAUUUGGCACGGUAUGUUCUUCCCACUCCCGUCGGCUGGCAGCGAGAGCCAAGCGUAUGACAUCCUUGACACCCUCUCCAUGCUUCGCGUGGAGGUCCGUUCCUUGAAUGGCCUUAUUGCCCUCGUCAAAGCAAUCUCUGAUUGCUCCAUGCAGCAGGCCAUGGAGUACCUCUGCUCCAAUUCUUGUCACAUGUCCCAAGACAUGAGCACCCCGCACGGGUUUCAUACUGCUGCCGAAGCUGCUCAACACCCGCAACACGCUGCACUAGGAUCAUUCCUCUCGUCCCUGACGCCCCACAUGCUGGCUAACCUGCGGCCCUUUCUGAGCAUUACCAAUGGCACACACUCCUCUGAAACUCUUCACCAAGUAAGGUUCAUUCUGGCCAACGAACUCCGACAAACUGCAGUUCAGCUUCCUCCCAAGAAGGCUCAACUGUGCAAGGUGGCUAAGGACGCUCUUUUAAUAAAGAGGUCAGAGUAUAAGAACAUGAGGUUAUUCAUUCGCUCUGAGCUUGCACAAGUGCUGAAGAAAUAUGCCUCUGAGCAUCCUCAGGAACCCAAAUAUGAGCCAACUGUUAUCUGUGGUGUGGUUGAAUCAUAUUACUCAGACAGGGAUUCCUACCACGUUAAUUUUGUUGCUGCUUCCGAAUCAGGGGAUGAUAGCCAACUUUUCUUCGCCGAACUCAAUUUGACGUGUGAUCAGUCAAAACCAAGUUUCUGCAUCCCUCUUUGCCUGACAGAUAUGGGUCGUUGCUACUAUGGUCAGACAAGCUCGAUCAAGAUCAUGUAUCCAGCCUCUUCAGAUUAUUUUGAGACUGAUAUUACUAGCUAUGGAAUUAAGCAUACGGAGAGGAUGCUGGACGUAGACUUUGUAUUCGAUUUUACGAGAGAUGAGCAGUUUGCAAAAGAUGCGAACCUUUUCAUGAAAGAGCUAGACGAUGGCCAUAUUGAUGUGAGACUCGUCGACUCUGAAGCUGCACAUAAAGUUGUCCUAGGUGUGGCAACGGCUCACUUCAAUGUGCAUCCGAGAUCAAGAAUAAGAAUUAAGAAUUACACGGCGCGGAAGCGGACGUAUUCGGCGACGCCGUGGGCGAGGAGGCGCUCGGCGAUCAUCGUCGCCGGUCCGUCCGCAAGAUUCGUCCAGUGCCUCCUGGUUAGGGUAGGACAGGACGAUGCGGGAGCCAUGGAGCGGUGGCUGGUCGCGCCUGAGAGCAAUGUCUACGCGAUCGACCCGGCGAGAAGGGUUCGUCGUCGUAUGGACUGCGCCGACGCCGGCAGCGGCAGGACUCCUCGCUGGCUUGGUGGAACCGUGAAACAGACGAACGUGCGCUUUGAAUCCUUCAUCGAAACUCAGGUCCACGUGGCGUCGCGGUUCGCCUCCGGCAUGGCGCCGGCGCAAUUCAAUGGGGCGCCGGUUCCCGGCCUCAACCGGAAGCCGAGAAAUGGUGACUCGUUCCCGGGCGUGACACACAAGACGCGUUAG